GGCUGCUGUGUGUGUAUGCUGCAUGUACAGUAUGAAAUUUCCAGUUUCACUAAAAAUACAGUGCUGUAGAGCGAAUGUUGUCAACUGGUUUCCGUUAAUGCUGGCUGCGCACAACGCGUGUUAGGUGUUGUUUGGUGUUGGCAAACUCGCUGAAAACGUCGAUUGUAUAAUCACUACUUCUCUUUCUCUCCGCUGUAGCUGCUCGCUCACUCGUUUUCCUUGCCUUGCUUGAAGAGUAAAAACGUGUCCUUUUUUCCUGGUUUUUGCAAAUCCGAGGUCAACCACGGUUGUUCAUCAAGUGGCCGCUGCAAUCCAUUCCCCGUGCUGCUCUUGACGUGCCGCGACUGCCUUUAUAAAGCGGCCACCAUGCUCUGAUACGAAUUUCCCCCCUCCACGUUGUUGUGGUGUGGAUGUGGAUUCGCCUUGCCUUUGUGGACGCGUUUACGUAAUCGGUUCGAUAUCCUCUAGUCUGUAGCUGUGCGGAUUGCGGGAGGCUGCGUCAUGUCGUCUCCCAGCGCCGGGAAGCGCCGUCUGGAUACGGAUGUGAUCAAGCUGAUUGAGAGCAAACUGGAGGUGAACAUCCUGGGUGGUCUGAAUCAUUUCUCGGUGAAAUUCCGCGGUCCCAAGGAGACCCCGUAUGAAGACGGCGUGUGGAAGAUCCGUGUCCUCCUGCCGGAUGAGUAUCCCUUCAAAUCUCCGUCCAUUGGCUUCAUGAACCGGAUCUUCCAUCCGAACAUUGAUGAGUGCAGCGGGACGGUGUGUCUGGAUGUGAUUAACCAGACAUGGACGCCGCUGUACGAUCUGCUGAAUGUCUUUGAGACCUUCUUGCCUCAACUGCUGACCUACCCCAAUCCAAGUGAUCCCCUCAAUGGUGAUGCGGCCGCUCUGUUCCUACAGAAGCCGGAAGAGUAUAAGAAGAAAAUUCGUGAAUAUGUACAGCGUUAUGCCACGGAGGAGGCCCUGCGGCUGCAGGAGCAGCGGGAUAAUCCCGAUCGGCAGGACAUGGAUGAUGAUGACGAUGAGAGCUCCAUGAGUGAAUUCUCCGAGGAUGAGGCCGAUAAUAUGGAACUGUGACGCCCGUGAUGCAUAUGGGCGGAUAUUCACACCAAAUUUAUUAUUUCAGGUUGUUUUUGUUACGUCUCUCUCUCUUUCUUCUCUUUCUUGGUCUUUGAACGGAAAAGAUAAAUGAUGGUUAUAUCUCCUCUACAUUAUAUUGAGCCGAGAGUGUGUGCUUCUGUUGUCCAUUUUUGAUCCAAGUCCCGUUGGCCCACACCAUAUUCAUCCCGCAUUUUUGAUAGCAUAAACCCCUGUUGAGAAGGAACGCGCCGCGUGCGCGCGUCGGAAGAAAAGUGUUAUUUUUGUUAUCGUCCUCCUCCUCCGUGUGACUGCUGUGUGUACAUAUCUCUCUAUAUGCCCGUGGAAGGAAGAUGAUGGAUCGUGACUCGUCAUAGAUGGAAAAUAUGCUGUUCGGCAUCGGAAUGGUUUCAUCAACAUACACCCAUACAGCGCGGCUGCUUCAUUUUCAUCAUCAUCGCCCCCUUCAUCCCGCGAAAGAGCAGAAGGGAAACGGCGUUUCGGGCGCCUUUGUCCUCUGUCCGGAAUGCAAAGGGAUCAAUAACAGGCGGGCGCGCGUGCACACGUGCACCCUGGCCUCCGUCGUUUGGAUGUUAUUACGGCAGAUUUUAGGUUAAUUUCUUGGCAUAUUAGCGCGCUGUACUGGUGAACUGUGGGUGGGGGAAUGAUGGUCGCAAUUGUACAGUUUGGGGAGGGGGUUGUGCCCGGAAUGUGGUGUUUCCUUUCUUCCGCGUUGGGUGAUUUUUCAGUAUAGAUUUUUGAGGAUAAAAGAAAACACGCUAUUCAGUUUCUCUAUCUUCAUGUGGUGACUGCGUCGGUGGUGUUUUUUAAUCUAACCCGUGUUUUUUUUUUUUGCUUUCUUCUCCUUCUAUAUUGUUUGUGUUAUAAUACUUUUCUUCGAUUCUUUCCGUGAUCGUGGGCGCGGCGGAUAUGUGCACGAUGGAUUGGAGUUUGUGUUGUUCGUUUGGGGGAAUGUAGUGUAGAUAUAACAUAGUGCGAUGUUUUUUUGAUAUAUAGAUGGUUCUCGAGAAAUAAAGUUAUCUUCUGUUA